AUGUCCAUCAGCCAACGGAUUGACCGUUGGAUGAUCAAUGAGGGGGCGAACCGCUUCUUCGUGGCCUUCUUCAUCCUCGUACACAUCCUCGUCUUUGGAUUCAGUACCGCCAAGUUCUUGUUGAAGGAUGACCAAAAAGCAGCGCGUACUUCCAUGGGGUUGACAUAUCCAAUUGCCAGGGCCUCGGCGAACGUGCUUCUCUUCGAUGUGGCGUGCAUCCUGUUGCCCAUGUGUCGCAACCUGGUUUCAUUGUUGCGCAACACACCGGUCGGGUCUAUCCUGCCGCUGGACAAGAACGUCACGUUCCACAAGAUUGUAGGCUGGUCCAUCGUCCUAUUCUCUUGGAUACACACAAUUGCUCACUGGGUCAACUUUGCGAGACUUUCAAAUGCUCAAGGUCUGGGUGUCAAGGGCUGGGCCCUACUCAAUUUUACCACAGGUCCAGGUGUAUUGGGAAAUUUGAUGCUCAUUGUGCUGAUGGCCAUGGCCUACACUGCGCUCGAAAAGCAUCGACGUGCAAAUUUUGAGAGGUUCUGGUAUACCCAUCACCUUUUUACAGUCUUCUUCCUGCUGUGGUCUUUUCACGGUUCGUACUGCAUGAUCACCCCUGAUCGAGCACCAUUCUGCAAGCAAAGCAGCUCUUUUUGGAAGUUUUUCCUUGCUGGCGGUACAGUCUACCUUGCAGAGAGGAUCUUGCGUGAGUAUCGAGCGACACGAGGCACAUUCAUCUCAAAGGUGAUUGCUCAUCCGUCGCGCGUUUGCGAGAUCCAAGUCAAGAAUGCUGGGUGCAAUGCAAAGGCUGGGCAAUACAUCUUUCUUUGCUGUCCCGAAGUAUCGAUUCAUCAGUAUCAUCCCUUCACAUUGACGUCAAGCCCUGAAGAGGACUACUUGUCAGUCCACAUCCGUUGUGUCGGCGACUUUACUUCUGCUUUGGCUCGCACGCUUGGUUGUGACUUUGGCGAAUCGGAAGGGCCAAAUGACAAGAGCAAAGCAAGACAGACUAGAAUCGUGGCAAGUAAUGAGGAUGCCAGACGACGAAUCUUGCCCAAAGUGGUCAUCGACGGACCAUUCGGCAGUGCAAGUGAAGAUGUCUUCAAGUUUGAGACAGUCAUGCUUGUUGGUGCAGGCAUUGGCGUGACUCCAUUUGCUUCCAUCUUGAAGUCCAUCUGGUAUCGCGUCAACUAUCCCAAGGAGAAGACUAGACUGUCAAAAGUCUACUUCUACUGGGUAUGUCGAGACUUUGAGAGCUUCGAGUGGUUCCAGUCGCUGUUGCUGGCGAUUGAAGAGCAGGACAUUGGGCAUCUGAUUGAGAUUCACGCGUACCUGACAGCCACGAUUCGACCUGACGAUGCCGAGAACUUGUAUUUGCAAUCAACUAACGGCUCGGAAGUGGAUGCCAUCACUGGUUUGCGCUCCAUGGUCAACUAUGGACGUCCGCCGUGGGAUGACAUUUACAAGUCGUUGGCCAAGAUUCAUCCUGCAACGGAUGUCGGCGUCUUCUUCUGUGGACCAAAGCCACUUGGGCAUACCCUGCACCUGAAAUGCAACGAGUACAGCACGACUGGACCCGACGGGACUCGCUUCAUCUUCUGCAAGGAAAACUUUUGA